AUGGGCAGCCACCCAAUUACACGCAUACCUAAGCAUCCCAAGAAUCCUGGAGAUGGACAGCUGGAGGUUCUCGCCCGGAACACAUGCAAGCUCUCGCGAAAAGCGGAAAACGGGUUGAAAAAUUUCCAAACAGAUAUGGUUUUGCCUCGGUUGCAGUUGGUUUUACUUAUCCUUGGCCUGAAGGCCACGUGGGGCUCUCUGCUGCAAAUCGAUUGGCCAAAACGACAGUUGGACUGGUGGCAGAAGCAGUACUACCAAUCAUCAUGGAAACAAAGGCUGCGGUUUACGACUACCCCGAGGCCAGGAGCCACUCCCGAAUCGGUUGAAACCAGAUUGGUGUACCCAUGCUACUGUUACAAACCAUCCCUCGAGGGUUUGGCCACUGCCAGUCCGGUGGAGAGGAGAAUAAUUGAGCCCAAGGAGCUGUUCUUCUUAAAUAAAUAGUAUUUAUGGUACACUAAUAAAAAGAAUGCCUUAACUUGAUGGUCAAUUUAAAUAUAAUA